AUGCGUCAUCGUCUCUUACGUCAGAGGCCGUUUUCUGACACUGAUUAUGACGGAGGACGACAUCUCUGCGUAGGAGCGUUUCCCCCUAGCUACUACAGUGUGGCUUUUGGACUGGAGAGGAUAGGACAGAGCGUGAUAGUAGCUGUUGUGGCAGCAGUGCCUGAAGAUAUGACAACAAGCUUUGAUCCUAGUGAGCCAUCAUUAGAAUCGCUGAUAUGUGUGGUUGCCAUUGGACUGGUUACCAUUUUAUUUCUUUGGAGAGGAUACCGAUCAAUUCAAAGCCGACUUUAUUUGAGUAAAGAGAAUAGACUGGCUGUGGAACUUGCAAUGGAAAUCAAAAAGAAAUGUGAUCUAAUUGACAAAGUGUGCCUUGCUCAAGAGGAGUAUGAAGGCUUAGAGUCAUCCUUAAAGGAGGCCAACUUUGACAAGGCAUCAACAGAAGUACAGAGUUUGAAGGUAAAAAAAAUUAGCUUUCUAUUUUAGGCAACUUAUAAAAAUCUAGAAAGAGAUAAAUCUAAACUUGAAGAAGAAAUAUUACUUAUAGAGAAGAAACUAGAAGAAGAGAGAGCUAAGCAUUAUGAAGAAGAGAAAUUGAUGAGUGACCUUUCAAAAAUGAUCCAGUCUCUAGCAGAUGAAUCACAGUCUGUCAAAUCACAGCUAGCUGAAGCCAAAACCACACUAAGAAUAUUUGAAAUAAAUAAAGAACGACUUAAAGGAGUAAUAACAGAUACCUUGAAUGAAAAUUCUCAACGUCAGGAAAGUGUGCGUCAGUAUUUAGAAGAAGCUAAAGUCAUGAAAGAACAAAUGAAUCAACUCAAUAAACAGAAAACAGCAAUCGAAGUAUCCAAUGUACAGGCAGAGCAACGCCUAAAAGUUAAGGAAAAUCAGAUCAAGUCUCUGAUGGAGAGCCUGCUAAGGAUGAAAGACUGGAAUUCUGUGCUUGGGGAAGAUGUAACUGAUGAUGGUAAUCUGGAUGUAGAAGUGAACAAUGACUUAGAGAAUAACCCUAUAUUUCUUCAUUAUAACAACACAGCUCUUAAGUUCCAUAACAAAAGGGGAACUAUAGUAAGGUAUAGUAAUCAGCCUAAGGGAGCUUUGAGGAAGCUAAUAUAUGCUACUGAGUUAAGUGCUUCGUUAAAAACCCUAGAAGGAGACAGAAACCAAAUUUAUACUCAGUUAUCUGAAAUAGAUGCAACAAAUGAUGAUCUUACAGAGCAUAUGCGAAGUCUCAAGUCUGAACAAGUGUCUUUGCAGUCAGGUAAUACACAACUUGAAAUCGAGAAACAGAAGCUUCAAAGGAAAAUCACAGUGAUGAGGGAGCUGUACCAAGACAAUGAAAGGAUGCUUCACAGGUGA